CCGUAGCCCACAGCGGGGGACAAUUUCACGGGUGGUGCAUCAAAAAGGAGUAAGUCAAGAUGAAAUCAUUUUCCUUUACCCCAGUUGGACCACUACCUUUCCCGCUUCCUGCGCGAAUUAUUUGAAAUGGUUUUCGUAAGGUUGGAUUCAUUGAAGACGCGAGGCAUUAGUCUGUUCUGGGCUGUGUUGGCUGAGCCGGUCGCUGUCAGCCGAAAUCGGGGAUGAGAAUUUUUUGUGGUCCGAGUCGGGUAACCUUCACCUUUUGCGGGGUGUGGGGAAAAGGCACGGACCCGGUCCGAUUAAGCUUCCAUGGAUGUUCUUCUGACUUUCCAGGCCGAAUUCGGCCAUCUCCGCCUUCUGCCAUUUCGGAUUCACCACUCUUCCACCCCCUACACAACAAAAAAAAAGUCUUUCGAGCUAACACAUGCCUUGCAGGACCAAUGCAAGAGCGGAACUCCCCUCGUCGAAUUUGCGGGUGAAGGCGGUGACUAGAAAAGAGCGGGCAAUGUUGUGUGUUUCUGGAAUAAGGAAAGCCGGAGGAGAGCUGCGACUUACGGGAGGAGGAAAGUGAAGCGUUUUAGUGGAGCACCCUGUAUCAGUGCAGAAGUGAUGAGUCAAUUGAAUGGUCUCAUUGGCCGAUUGUCGUCACUUGCUGGAGAACCGGUCUAAAACCUAAGUUUGAAGCAGCCAGUGCAUGUAACCUCGGUGCCCGUGCUCUACAGAGUGUCGCAUACAAAUGCUUUACAUGAUUUUCUCAGUAGGCACUUGCUUCAAUGAAGUUCGAUAAUAUAAUCGUGUUGCACAAGUACUCCGUACUACCCGGGGAUUCUCACUACAUCAUGUCUGGAUCUUGUCCGCAGGUGAAAUUGGU